GCAACUUGCUUUUACGAGGGAGAAGACGAAGCGCGCUGAUGUUCAGCUUCUCCAUUCUAUAUGCAAACCACCGUCGAUCAUUGCCAACCCAACCUGUGUCGGGAAAGGAGCGAAGAACAGUGCUGAAGUGACUGAACCCUCUCUGUUUUCAGUUUCGGGUUUGCUGUAACUAUCAUGGCCUACGUUCCUCCGCAUAAGCGACAUUCGAAGGAGAUUGUUAACCCGUCCCCUCUUCCCGCGUCGCUUUCGCGACAGUUCAAUAAAGGUUUAAGCUUUAGGUCGCCUAAAACUAAUGCUCAUCAGAGUGGGAAGAACGUCCAUGCAAACACGACGAUAUAUAGAUGGUUGACUGUUGGUUUGGACUUUGAUGGAGAUCACCUUCCUUCUGGUGUCUUUCUUGAGCCGGCCUCAAUUGAGGUCUUUGAUGCGAUAUCAGGGGAGAAACUGUAUAGUCUGCUAGCCUUAGGCAGAGGUCAUAUGGCUAGUGAAGAAGAUGAAACGGGUCAGGACCACAGGAAGAAACCUUGGGAACAUAUAGCCGAAACUGUGAUGCAAGAUUUAGUCUCUUCAUUCGAAGUUGUGAGGAGUGACAUUAAGGGCCCGAGCUUCGAACGAAUAAAACCAAUGCUGGUUGCCAGAUUCGGGAAAAAUCUUUUUCGUGGGAGUCCUUCAUUUCCAGUGGAAGCUUGUGGAGAUAUGGUUACAGAGACCUCAUUGAAACGGUUGAAAAGAGUAUUUUACACAAAUCUUCCUGCCUCUUUUGUGGAAAAUGUGACUCUUAGAAUCAUCCCAGAGAUUGGCUUUAGUUUUGAAGAUGAAAAGGAUAUAUAUAUAUCAUGUCAAGUUGUCCGAUAAGUCCAGGCCAGAUUCGACCCUCUCCUGCAAAUGUAGUGUUUCUAAGGCAGAGCAGAGACUCAAACUCUAUAAGGUCGAAUUAAACCAGGUGCGACACAUGGUAG